AUGGAUGACUCUACCAUUAGCAUGCCCCUUGUGGCAAAGGAAGAUUGCAUGAAAGCCCUUAUCAAGCCAACAAAUGAUAAUACCACAGUGGUCAGUUUUCAAAAGAAUCCAAUUAUAACGACUACCAAUUCCACGCCAACCAAUGUCAAUUCAAAUGCGAAUAUCGCCACCGCCGCCGCCGCUGCUGCUGCCGCCAACGUGCAACAGUAUCAUCACAACCAACAGCAGCAACAACAACACAACAAUCAGUUACCAUUACAGCCAACAAAUUUUGUGGGGAACAAUCUGAAGAAUGGUUCUUUGAGUUAUGGCUCACAAAAUAAUCUCUGCAAUGGCGUUAUAUCCGGCAAUCAUAUAUUGGCGCCAAAAAUCCAAAACAGUUGCAGCCCUAAUGGCCAGAAAAAGGGUACCGUUUCGCUAACCCAUCUGCCCCAGCGGCCACCGGUCGAUAUUGAAUUUACGGAAAUUUCCUAUUCAGUGUCAGAGGGACGACGGCGUGGCUUUAAGACAAUAUUAAAAGGUGUUUCGGGUAAAUUUCGCAAUGGUGAGCUGACGGCAAUAAUGGGUCCAUCGGGUGCUGGCAAAAGUACGCUGAUGAAUAUUUUAGCAGGAUAUAAGUAA